AUGGGACUUUGCGUAUCCGUCACACGUAACGACUGCGAUUCAUCGCCGACGGCUAAAAUCGUGACGGUUAACGGCGAUCUCCGUGAAUACAAUGUCCCCGCGUUAGCCUCACAGGUUCUCGAAGCCGAAUCUCUCGCUUCUUCUUCGUCGUCGAGGACUUCAUCUUACUUCCUAUGUAACUCGGACUCUCUCUACUACGACGACUUCAUCCCGGCGAUCGGACCGGAGGAGAUUCUCCAGGCGGAUCAGAUCUACUUCGUCCUCCCGGUCUCGAAACGGCGGUACCGCCUCACGGCGUCGGACAUGGCUGCACUCGCGGUGAAAGCGAGCGUGGCGAUGGAGAAGGCCGCGGGGAAGAACAGUCGCCGUGGCCGGCGGAAGAGUGUGAGGAUAGCUCCGGUGAUGGUUUUGAAUCAGAGUAACGAACGGAUCGUUGCUGUUAACGGAAAUGGGAAGGUGUUUGGUAAAACGACGCCGUUUAAGAUGGAUAGUAAUAAUAAUAAUAAUAAUAAUAAUACGAGUGGUGGUUAUUCCCGGUCUGGUUCGGUUAGGAGAUUGAGGAGAUAUGCGUCUGUGAGGGCUAAGAAGCUUGCGGCUCGGUCGAUUAAAAGAUUAUCGACGAUUUACGAAGGAACCGUGGUUUAGAUUUGUUAAAUAAAUAAAAAAUACAUUUUAAUGUUUUUUUUUAACGUUUCAAUGAAAACGUUAUCUGUAUAUUAUUAACGUUUGCACUUUGCUUUUGUGAUAUAAUCCAAAAAUGAAUCACUCUGUUGCGACUUUUUUUUUUUUGCUAAAUUACACUCUGUUGCGACUUUCAGGAAGAUGCAUGCAUUCUGCAAAUAUAUGAUUAAUUGAAGUUUGUUCCGUAAGUUCACAAUGAUAUGAAAUCGUUUAAAUCAUUGUUGUAAUGUAAUAAAUGAUCACUAAUCUAAAGUCACUAGUUUUCCUAACAUAUUUAAGUUAAAUGUUGCAAUCCUUGAUGCACAU